GGAUACAAAAGACACGUUGCCUUUCCCGCAAACUAAACAAACAUCCCUUUUUAAUCGAAAAACGUAAAGACGUGGCGUGAAACACUUUUACUAUUCACUCACGCUACGACAGCAGUUUCAACAAAAUAGCAAAACUCGUCAUAACACCGGACAUCUUUUGUGUAGCAUCAGACCAAGAUAUGUUAGCUUGACGGAUGCUAUUUUGUCGUUAAGGAAGUUUGUCGCUGCGCUUCUGGAAUAAAACCCCAACUUUUCGGACUUGGAGGUAAUGUCAAAAGUAGUUACGUCAUUUUUUUUCAGUUGGUACAAAUCUUUGUGGUUAGGUUACAUAUUAAACUCAUUCGUUAGCUGUUUCUGACUCUGACUUAGCCCUAGCUAACGUUCCUGCACAGACCUAGCUAACCUAGCGCGUGCUGUUGUGUAACGUAGUACGAUGACUAGUUCACUAACCAUAACAGUACGGCAUGUUGAAGAAAACAGAAAUAAUAUUAUUUGUGUGUUAAAAAAUAGUGCGUGAAUUGAAGUGACCAAAAUCCUCAACUACAAUGGCUAUGCUUUACUUUAGCUUACAUGGCUAACAAGGUUUUAACCCCAGCGUUGCAAUCUCCAUUGUUCAUUCACCCUUUGCACUUAGAUUAUUACGCAGCAAUCCUCGCUCAUUUCCGCUACUUUUAUUUGAGCUGUUUGCCGUGUGCAUGUGUUGUCUUUGAAAAAAACAGACAUAAUGAUGGCGCAUGUUAUUAAUUUAUUGACGGGGAACACUUGGAUACACCUUCAUGUCCUGGUGUUGAGCUCGAACGAGUGUGAUAAAAGUCUGACUCCAAACUGUUCACCUAAACUUUGGGCGAACUUUUCGUAUUGAGUGACUCAUUCGCGUUUUUCCUCAUUUACACUCAUUUUCUUUCUCAUUGUUUUUCAGGACAACGACAGAGCUAACAACCAGCUGCAGCUGAAUCCCAGCAGAGACUCAAGGGCAGCUGGAUACUGACUGUGUGUGUGUGUGUGUGUGUGUGUGUGUGUGUGUGUGUGUGUGUGUGUGUGUGUGUGUGUGUGUGUGCGCGCGCGCGUGUGUGUGGAGGAUGUCUACUUCACCUUUAUACAGUUAUCAUGACAGUGGUACACGCUUCAGGAAAAGGAAAGCUCGGUUUACCUUCAGUGAAGUUCACAUACUGCUGGAUGAAGUGAGGAAGCAUCGCAUGGUUGUAGUAGGUACGUGAUUUUAAAUCGGUAUCUGUAUCACUGUAAUUCAGUGGUCCUGGGGACAAUCAUGGCUCUUGGAAAAGGAGUGAUCACUUUGUAGCUUAAAGUUCUUGUGAGGAGUUUGUUUCAAGUUGUGAAACAGACUGGAAUAAGGACUGAUGUCUCUUUGUGAGCACAGAAAGCAAACAAGAAAACAGGCUAUCUAUAAACAGUUUUGGUAAUUUCUUUGAGGGGCCCUUCUCAAAAGGAUAAAUAAAGUUGUAUCUAAUCUAAUCAUGUCUGAAACCAAUGACCAAUGAGGUAGGUGGCAGAGCUGCACAUAAAAAAAUAAAAAACAAAAAACUUAUGCGUCACUAAGGAUACUUUGAUCCUUUUUAUUUUCAAUUUAGGAGUUCCUUCUCUGAUUACUAAAAUCAGGGAUAUGUGUGUGUAUAUUUUCUAUUACAUCAUGAUUUUUAAACCUCAGAUUUUGUCUCACAGUAGUCGACAAUAUCAUAUAUAAUUUGAUCCCAUUGCUUAAAACUAUACAAUUUAACACAAGGGUGAGUGCUUAAAUUGCUUUUGUGCCUAAAGGCUAUAGGCAUUGCAAUGUUGAGCAAAUAGUGUCUCUGUACACCAGUGUUAUUUGCAUACAUUUAAAUGACCCAUUAUGUAUUAAUUUGGAGCAAAGUAUCUUGCAGUGUGUAAACAGUCCUUCUUACUAAAUAUGUAUAUAUAUAUAUAUAUAUAUAUAUAUAUAUAUACAUAUACUACAGGCCAAAAGUUUGGACGCAAGGCCAUUACAGGCCGAACAGUUAGGAGUAACUUCAAGUUUUUGUUCACAAUGCUUUUUUUUAAAUCCAGCAUGAGUUGUAUGUAUUUUGGGAUGUAUUUACUCCAUGAUCAGAUGUUGCUUUCAUGGAAAUGCACCAUUUUACUCCAUAUACCUUUAGAUAUACAUUAAUGUGAACACACCAUUGCUAAAUACAUGUGAUAGAAAAAGACCUGGACGAAAGAGAGUUACUACAAAAGCAGAGGAUAAACAUACAGGGCUGUCUCAGAAAAUUUGAAUAAUGUGAUUUUCUGCAAUGCAACUAAAAACAUGAAAAUGUCAUACAUUCCAGAUUCAUUAUACAUCAACUGAAAUAUUUCAAGCUUUUUAUUGUUUUAAUAUUGCUGAUUAUGGCAUACAGCUUAAGAAAACUCAAAUAUUCUAUCUCAAAAUAUUAGAAUAUCAUGAAAAAGUAUACUAGCAGGCUAUUUAACUAAUCACUUGAAUUGUCUAAUUAACCUUUAAGCCUUUAAAAACACUCAACUUUGUUCAGUAAACUAAAUCACAAGUAUGGGGAAGACUGCUGACCUGACUGCUGUCCAGAGGACCAUCAUUGACACCCUCCAUCAGGAGGGUAAGAUACAAAAAGAAAUUUCUAAAAGAGCAGGCUGUUCACAGAGUGCAGUUUCAAAGCACAUUCACAAAAAGUCUGUAAGAAGGGGGAAAUGUGGCAGGAAACGCUGCACAACCAAGAGAGAGGACCGCAGCCUUAACAGCAUUGUGAAGAAGAGCCGCUUCCAGAAUUUGGGGGAGCUUCAAAGACAGUGGACUGAAGCUGGAGUCCAGGUAUCAAAAGCCACUGUUCACAGACAUGUCCGGGAAAUGGGCUACAAUAGCUGUAUUCCCAUGGUCAAGCCACUCCUGAACUCAAGAUAACGGAAGAAGCGUCUGACUUGGGCCAUGGAAAAGAAGCACUGGACAGUUGCAGAUUGGUCCAAAGUCCUCUUUUCAGACGAAAGCAAGUUUUGUAUUUCAUUUGGAAGUCAAGGCGCCAGGGUCUGGAGGAAGGCUGGAGAGGAGCAAAAUCCAAGUUGCUUGAAAUCCAGUGUGGAGUUCCCACAGUCAGCGAUGGUUUGGGGAGCCAUGUCAGCUGCUGGUGUUGGUCCACUGUGUUUCAUCAAGUCCAGAGUCAAUGCAGCUGUGUACCAAGAGAUUUUAAAUCACUACAUGCUUCCGUCUGCUGAAAAGCUCUAUGGAGAUGAUGAUUUCAUUUUCCAGCAUGAUCUGGCACCUGCCCACAGUGCCAAAACCACCAGUAAGUGGUGUACUGACCAUGGCAUUACUGUCCUCGAUUGGCCUGCCAACUCCCCUGACCUGAACCCAAUAGAGAAUUUGUGGGGUAUUGUGAAGAAGAAGCUGAAAGACACCGGACCCAACAAUGCAAAUGCGCUAAAGGCCGCUAUUGAAGCAUCCUGGGCAUCCAUAACACCUCAGCAAUGCCACAGGCUGAUUGCCUCCAUGCCACGCCGCAUUGAUGCAGUAAUCCAUGCAAAAGGAUUCCCAACUAGUACUGAGUGCAUUAAUUGAUAUUUUCAAAUGUUUUAUUUUGUUUUACUGUUAUAAAUCUUUUUUUUUACUUGGUCUGAGGCAAUAUUCUAUUUUUUUGAGUUAGGAUUUUUGAGUUUUCUUAAGCUGUAUGCCAUAAUCAGCAAUAUAAAAAUAGUAAAAGGCUUGCAAUAUUUCAGUUGAUCUGUAAUGAAUCCAGAAUGUAUGACAUUUUUGUUUUUUUAAUUGCAUUACAGAAAAUAAAGAACUUUAUCACAAUAUUCUAAUUUUCUGAGACAGUCCUGUAUCAUUGUCACCAGUAAGAGAGAUCGGUGAAAGACAGCACCACAAAUGAGGGAGAAAAUCAACAUGAUAAGGUUGAAACCCAUAUCGCUUACAACUGUGAAAUGACGUUUGAGAAAGGCUGGUCUGAAGGGUUGUGUAUCUGUAAAAAAAAACACUUCUUUGUCCACAGAACAAGAAAAAAAGAUAUGAGUGGGCAAAAGCUCACAAAAAUUGGACCUAUGAUGACUAGAAACAAGUUCUCUGGACUGAUGAAAGCAAGUUUGAACUGUUUGGUUCAAAACGCAGAGUCUAUGUCUGCAGACAAACUGGUGAACGUCUGAAAGCAUCAUGUGUUACACCCACAAUUCAGCAUGGAGGUGGUAGUUCCAUGGUAUUGGAAUGAUUUGCAGGUGAUGGAGUAGAAGAUUUGUUUGAAGUAAAGGGUAUUAUAAACAAGGAACAGUACCACUCCAUCCCCCAGCAUCAUGCUGUUCCAUCUGGACUUAGACUUGUGGCUCAUAAGCUUGUUUUGCAGCAAGACAAUGAUCCUAAGCAUCCUGCCAAGCUCUGUCAGGGUUACCUUGACAAAAAAGAAGAGGAAGGUGUUCUUCAAAAGAUGGUUUGGCCCCCUCAGUCUCCAGACCUUUCUCCAAUUGAGCUUGUGCGGGAUGAGUUGGACCGAUCGGUCAGAAAAACGCGUCCCACGAAUCAGCAGUCUCUUUUUAAUGAACUUUAGAAAGCUUGGAACAUACCUUAAAAAAACUUGUGGAAUGAAUGCCUGGUUUAUGCCAAGCUGUUGUUAAAGCCAGAGGAGAUUACUUUAAAGAAAGCAAAGUCUAAGCAACAAUAACUCAAAUACCCAAUAAUUAUAGUCAAAAUGUCUUCUGAUAAGUUACUCUUUAUACAAUAGUCAUGGUUAUUGAGUUGCAAAUUAUAUACAUGAAACUAUGAUCUUUUUUUGUAUAUAUAUAUAUAUAUAUGUGUGUGUGUGUGUAUAUAUAUAUAUAUAUAUAUGUAUAGUAGUACACAUAGUAAAAAAGAUGACAUCCUAUACCCCUUUUUGAUUGAAAAAAAUCCUUUCUUGUCUUUAGUUUAUGUGAAAUGGUUAAGUUCUUGUAUUGUCUGAGGAAUGUUUGUCAUAUGGUCUACAUAAACUGGAAUUUGAGGGGUUAAAAUUCUGAAAUUGGAUUUUUUUAAAGAUUAGGACUGAAGAAGGAAAAAAAAUACAAAUUAUUUAAAGUUGAUAUAACAUUAAAAUGUAGUACAAUAAUUUUGCUCCAUUUUUUUUCUCAAAAAAGCUUGAAUUGUAUAUCUUUUUUACUUUUUAUUAAAUUUGAAAGUAAAAAAAACUUGAUUUAAAAAAAAGCUCAGGCAAGGAGGUUUGAGCAGACACAGAUAUAAUAUGAUUGGUUUUUUGUCUGUUAAUUACAAAACGUGGCCUGCCACAGACACAUUCUUAUUUCAAACACUGAAGGUCAUUUUAUUCUUCCCCUUGCAGGUAAAUUCAAUCGUGGCGUGCCAACAGAUGCGAAGAAGCGCACAUGGGCAGAGAUUACUGCACGAGUUAAUGAGAUCGGGGAGUGCCAACGGGAGGUGAUCGAGGUCAUCAAAAAAUGGUCUGAUCUAAAAUGUGACACCAAGCGAAAAGUGGCAGCCAUGCGGGCAGGGACCGUCCCCCACAGGGGCCUCAACUCACGCCUUUCCAGAGACCUAAACCCUACAGAGAAAAUAGUUCUUCAGAUUCUGGAGAUGGAUGAGGAAGACCAAAAUACAGCUGACUUUGGUCCACUUGGAGACGAUGAUGACGUGCCAGAGGAUGAAGAGGAGUUGGAGGAGGAGGAUAUGUUGGGAAUGCCAAGUUCUCCGAAUGGUGGAGUUGAUGUAGGAUCUGUGGGCCCACCAGCCUCCUUCUGCUCAAGUAAGCGCUCUCAGUUAGUAGUUUGUCCCUCAUUGCUUUCAGAUUCAAUCCCCUUUAAAUGCUAAACCUCAGUGAGGAUUUUCUUGUUUUGUUUAAAGCAUAUUAAGAUAUUAUAACAAGUUCAGUCCAGUUAUACAUCUAUAGGUAAUGUGUAUGUAUUAAUUAGUACAUGUCACAUUGGGGGCUUGUACGUGUUAAAUAAUCAGUUAAUUUUCAAAUAUUUGGUUGUUCAGGAGAGAUCCAUGCAAGUAAUCUAAGUUAAAUGUCUUGGAUGUUCCAGGAGACUCGUCUCAGCCUUCCUAUGACAUGCAGUAUGAAAUACCUCCAACAGAGGGUGAGUUGUCAAGACUUGGUCACAAGUUAAAUUGACUCUGCUAUAAACUUGCAGCAAAAUAGUUUCAAUGCCAAAAUGAGCUCUCAAAAUACUGCAGCUGCCUCCCAGAUUGCAGUCUUUUUAAAUGGCAAGCAACUCUGAUGACAUGAUUAUUAUUUAUCUCCCAUGAGAACAAACUGGUUUCAUUGCUCCAUCAGUGGCCUGCACAGCAGGUUGCAAAGAGCCUCUACUUUAGAUAAUGCAGAACUUUGCUUACACUGCACAGUUACUGUUAAGAAGCUAAGAAAAGGUGGAUUCAGGCAAUAAGUACCUAAUACAAGCCUCUUCCACACAUGUACAGCACUCCUGAAAAACUGCAGUGAUUGUCUGGCAGUUGUCAUAUUUGAAGAUGUGUGUUGGAUGUUGGACAUUGUUGCCCUUUUAAUGUGAAGCGAACUAAAACUACCUGACCAGCAACUAAAGCUUAUGUUACUCUUGUUAAAGCUUCUGUUAGGUUUGUUCUUGACAUUUAAGGAAUUAAUUUAAAUUUAUGUAAGUGCCCUUAUGUUAUUCACAAACUACAACCAUGUUGCGUGGGGGUAGUUGAGCAGCAGAGCAGCUUUCCAUUUUCUGUUUUGGAGUCUGAUUGCCUGUCAAUAAGAACUAGGGCUGUACUUGAGCCAGGUAAAGCAAAAUAAGAAAAUCCUCCCACAUCCUUACAAGGUGACUAGGAAACAACUGUUAAAUCGAUAGUCGAUCAACACUGGUAUCAGUCUUUCGGUUAAUGUGGGUGUCAGAAUCAGUGUUAUCAGUGUUAAGCAUUAUGUGGUCUUGCAACAUUUCUGAUUUCAGCAAUAAGAUAAUAACAGACUUUUUUUCUGGAACUGCAGAUACUGACGCUGCAUUUGGAGACUCAGAUGAUGACCAAAGUAAUGACGUGCUUCCUUCUACUCAAACAUCAAAACCAACAGAGGAUCACCAUGGAAACAAUGGCAUUCAGAAACAACCUCAGACUUCCUCAGAACCUUCCACAUCAACUGCUGCUCUCCCAACCUCUGGCCUGUCGUCACAGAACACAAAAGAAAGUCUGUUACACAACGCACUGCUGAGCCUUCAAGAGCAGCAUGCCACUAACAUCUUGCUGGAGACGGUCUCACGCUCCCUGGAGCUGCUCUCUGAGUCAGUGCAGCAGCUGGCAGAGACUCAGCAGGAGUUUGUGCGGGAGUCACUGCAACUCCAGAGGGAGACGGUGCAGGUGCUCAGAGACUUCACAGGCGGAGCAAUCGCACUCAUGCAUGACAAACUGAACGGACGGCCGGCAUUAUAGCAACUGAAAGUCAGACAGAGGUGUUCAGUUAAAUCAAUGACUUCAUUCAUGGCUCUCAGGUGCAGGAGUCAUCAGGUUCCCCUGGACCCUACUGCUGGUUACUGUACUUUUUGAUAGUGCUCAACAGAUUUUAAAACUGCAUUUGUAGGAUCAUUGUGUUGAUGCUUUAUUUUAGUCUGUGUGGUUCCAUGAAAAAGAAAUUAAGUUAUCAGUUAGGAGGUGUUUUUUUUGUUUGUUUGUUUUUUACUACUGAAAUUGAGUCUUUUACCAGUCAUGUUGUGAAUUGUUUUUACUUAGCAUACACAACAUUGAACACCCCUCUGCCUUUUUACUUUAAACAGCAGAGAGGAGGACCUUUUCAUUUUAAACUGUGGGUUUAGUCCAUUUUUGUGUCCCUAAAGUUUUAGACUCAUCAGUGUCUGGAGGUUAUCAUAGGUACUGUAGUGGUGAGUAGAUUCAUAUGCCAGACAAUGGCAUGGUCUCUAUAUGCUAAAGCUGUUUUAGUUAUUUAGAAAAAUACCUGUGCAUCAGAACUUAAUCAUUGUCGAAUUUUUUUUUCACAACACAAACAUGAACACUUGAAAUGACAGUUUGAAUAAUGUCUUUAAAAUGUGGAAUAAUUCCGCACUACAGGGCAGAGACUGUGCACACUGCCAUCUAGUGGACUCUCUUAGAAAUGCUGGUAUUGGCAAGUCUGUGGUUUAUUCAGGAGAUCUACAGUGGGUAUAAAAAGUCUACACACCCCUGUUCAACCGCCAGGUUUUUGUCAUGUAAAAAAAUUUAAUCAAGAUAAAUAAUUUCACAACUUCUUCCACCUUUAAUGUGACCUAUAACCUGUACAACACAAUUGAAAAACAAACAGAAAUCUUUCAGGGAGAUUAAGUAAAACUAAACAACUGAGAUCAUGUCGUUGCAUAAGUGUGCACACCCUUUUAUAACUGGGAUUGUGGCUGUGUUCAGAUUUAACCAAUAACAUUCAAACUCAGGUUAAAUUGGAGUCAGCACACACCUGUCACCAAUUAAAGUGCUUCUGAUCAACCCCAAAUAAAGUUCAGCUGUUCUCGUAGGCUUUUCCUGACAAUUCUUUAGCCACAUCUUACAGCACAAGCCAUGGUCCGGAGAAAGCUUCCAAAGCAUCAGAGGGAUCUCAUUAUUCAAAGAUAUCAGGUGAGGGCUACAGAAGAACUUCCAAGGAAUUAAAUAUACCAUGGAACACAGUAAAGACCGCCAUCAUCAAGUGGAGAAAAUAUGGCACAACAGUGACGUUACCAAGAAAAGGACGCCCGUCCAAAAUUGUUGAUAAGACAAGAAGAAAACUGGUCAGGGAGGCUACCAAGAGGCUGACAGCAACACUGAAGGAGCUGCAGGAAUUUCUGGCAAGUACUGGCUGUGUAGUACACGUGACAACAAUCUCCCGCUGUCUUCAUAUGUCUGGGCUAUGGGGUAGGGUGGCAAGAAGGAAGUCUUAUCUUACAAAGAAAAACAUCAAAGCCUGGCUUAAUUUUGCAAAUAGACAUCAGAAAUCUCCCAAACGCAUGUGGAAAAAUGUGUUAUGGUCUGAUGAAAUCAAAAUUGAACUUUUUGGGCAUCAUAUUUGGCACACAAUCAACACUGCUCAUCACCAAAAGAACACCAUACCCACAGUGAAGCAUGGUCAUGGCAGCAUCUUGCUUUGGGGUUGUUUUUCUUCAGCUGGAACUGGUCCCUUAGUCAGGUUGGAGGGGAUUAUGAACAGUUCCAAAUACCAGUCAGUGUUGGCACAAAACUAAAAGAUGAAGAGGAACUUUCAGCACUACAAUGACCCAAAGCACACAUCUAAAUCAUCAAAAGAAUGGCUUCACUGGAAUAAGAUUUAGCGUUUCGAACGGCCCUAGCCAGAACCCAGACCUGAAUUCCACGAACAUUUGUGGGGUGAUCCGAAGAGGGCUGUGCAUAGGAGACGCCCUCGCAAUCUGUCAGAUUUGGAGCAGUUUUGCAAAGAAGAGUGGACAAAUAUUGCUACAUCAAGAUGUGCCACACUGAUAGACUCCUACCCCAAAAGACUGAGCGCUGUAAUAAAAGCCAAAGGUGCUGCAACAAAGUAUUAGUUUAAGGGUGUGCAUAUUAAUGCAACCAGGUUAUUUUAACUUUUCUAUUUUUUAUUUUUCCCCUUAAAGGUUUAAGUUUGUUUUUCAAUUGUAUUAUACAGGUUAUAGGUCACAUUAAAGAUGGAAAAAGUUGUGAAAAACAUUUAUCUUGCUGUCAUUUUCUUACAUCACGAAAACCUGGCAGUUUGUAGACUGUUUAUAUCCACUGUAUAUGCUCAUAUGGUCUGGGGUGUGAAAACUAGCCAUAAAAAAGGUUCUAAUAUUCUUGAUCUAUUCUCUAAUAAAUUAAGUGAAACACUUCACAGCAGUUAUGAAGCUACAGUGGAGAGGAUGAACUUACUUUAUGGAGAGAUGGAGAGAGGAGAGACUGAUAGAGGGAGAUGAGAGGGAGAUGGAGAAAGCGAUGGACAGAGGAGAGAUGAUAGAGGGAGAUGGAGAAAGAGAGAUGGACAGAGGAGAGACUGAUAGAGGGAGAUGGAGAAAGAGAUAGACAGAGGAGAGACUGAUAGAGGGAGAUGGAGAAAGAGAGAUGGACAGAGGAGAGACUGAUAGAGGGAGAUGAAGAAAGAGAUGGACAGAGGAGAGACUGAUAGAGGGAAAUGAGAGAGAGAUGGACAGAGGAGCAUCGGCUGACAUUUGGGGCACUAGAAACUGAAAUUUCUUAUAUUGAAUUUCAAAAUUUGAAAAUUGAAUGAUUUGAAAUUGAAAUGAAUGUUUUGAAACUUUUUUUUCUGCUUUGAUUUGUAUUUAAUUUACAUGAAAAUUCAGCUCUAUCUUUCUUAAAUUAAAAAAAAAAUCAAUCUCAGUUCGCAAAAUUUAGAUAAGAAGAAGAAGAACUUAAUUGAUCCCCAAAGACGGUCAUCUGCAGCAUCAAUCCAGAGGAACCUAGGAGACUCAGGGACACUCAAAGAGAUCAGGGGCCUCAUUUAUAAAGCUUGCUUACGCACAAAACCUGGCUUGAAAGUGCUUACGCCACUUUUUACGCAAGAGUUGGGAUUUAUUAAAAAAAAAAUAGUGUAGGAAUGUGCGCAACUUUAAGCAAACUCUACACCUUGCUUACGCACUUUUUGGAGACAAUCGGAGCAAGGUGAGAACAAUUGGUUAAUGGAAAGCGCGCGUACAAAAAGCCAUACAGUGACAGUCGUGCGCAAUGCAGCACAAGUUUCAAGUUUUAUUUGUCACAUGCCUAAAUGUACAGGUACAGUGGCAGUGAAAUGAAAGUGACGUCUGCGAUUGUGCAAAAAAAACCAGAAUAAUAAUAAGAAAAUCAAAUAAUCUAUAGAAAGACAUAAAAUAAAAAUUGAAAUACGAUAAAUAUCCACUCGUAUAUACAUCCUAUGUACAAUAACGAUGGUGAGUGUUUGAUAAUCCGUCUUGCCCUGGACCUGCACCGCUGGGUGUAGAUGUCCUGGAGGCCGGGCAGUGCAGUACGGGUGAUGCGUUCAGCACAACGGAUGACUCGAUGCAGCCUUUCUGCUCUGAGAGCUGCAGCUGCUGUACCAGGCAGUGAUGCUCGCAGAAAGCACAGACGACACUGUGGCGGUGUAGAAAGUUUGCCGAUUUGAAUUUACAAAUGUGCAAAAAAAACAAAUUCCAUUUACAUGCAUUUGUUUUAAGAUUAAUAUGACUAAAUCUUUUUGGUUAACGAACUUUCACCACAUAAGCAGCGGUGGAUAACGGAGCAGUUUUUUUGGAACACAUGCAUGAGUGUCACACGUGCUUGUGUUUUCUGAUCCUCACCUGUCGCCGCCACGCUCCGAUAGUGCAAAGCCACUUUUUUCUUUGCCUCCACCUUUAGAUCAGACCACUCCUUCUUGAUUUCGGCAACGCUGCGCCAGUGCCAGCCGCACUUACCGCCACGGCAAUGGCGUGCCAUUCGGUGGCUUUUCUUUUAUUGGUGAUGCCACUCGAAUGGCCGCCGAAUAAGGUCUCCCAUCUCGCCGCCACCUCAUUUACAAGAACCUCCACCUCGGUCUCUGAAAAGUUUCUUUUUCUACGACUUGCUGAUGCCAUGAUUAAGCAUGAAAUGCCGUGGAUCCAUCAGGCUUAUUUAUGUGCAAAUCACAUUCAUGAGGUAAUUUGCAUGACCAUACAUGGUGAAUUUUGGGUGUGGAGAGGGCGGGGCAUGAAUCAAAUCCCUGCUGCGCAACUUUCCGGCUGGUCUGUGAUUUAUAAAGGGAAAGUGCGUGCAGGUGUGCGUAGGCAGGGUUUUAUAAAUCAGAUUUUUUUUUUGCCUAUGCACUUUUCAGCUUUUUGACUUACGUACACUUUUAGUAUGGAUCCUACGCCAGGUUUUAUAAAUGAGGUCCCAGGUGAGUAACUUAAAUGGGAUAUGAAGAUCUUAAGGAGACAGAGGGACAGACAUGAGCUCAAUGUGCCAGAUACCCCGGCAGUCUAAACCUAUAGUGGCAUAACGAAGAACUGGUUCAAACCUAACCAGCCCAUACGAUAAGCUUCAUCAAAGAGAAAAGUUUUAAGUCUACUCUUGAAAGUUGAGAGGGUGUCUGCCCCCCAAACCUCAUACGGUAAAUGAUUCCAGAAGAGAGGGACCUGAUAGCCGAAAGCUCUACCUCCAAUGCUUUUUUUAGAGACAUUUGGUACAAUGCGCAAACCUGCAGACUGUGAGCGUAGCGGUCUAGACAGAAAGUAAGGUAUUACAAGCUCUAUAAACAUAUAAAAAAAAACAGUCGCCUGCUAUUAGCUAGUAUUUUUGUAUGGUCAUACCAGUAAUAAUAAAUCACCUUCAACUGGCUUUAGAAAAAAAGGACACUUCUUUUUAAUAUUGGGGCUAACAUGUAAAUCCGUUAACAUGUAAAAGUACCAUUUUGCAAAGUGCAACAUUA